CCCCUUUCUCUUUACACCAUGAAACACAGUAGAAACGAAUCGUUGGGCUCUCCGGAAAAGAAACAGAAGACUGAUGAUGAAGUUCAACAAAGUCAAAACUUUUCGAUGGCUAUCAGGACAGGGUUUGACCUCAAGCUUGCUUUGGCAAAUGUACAACAAAACCGCGCAAUUGGCAACGUGGUGACGGUCUGGCCAUUUGAAGACCAUCCUGUUCCAGAGCAAGAGGAACAAGAGAUCCUGGACAAGUUAUCUGAAGUUAACAAGGAAGCCAAUAAAAUUUCCCAACCAUACUGUUUUGGGACCCUUGACGAUUCGUUCUAUCUCAAGGUCACUUAUCCUGGCUGCGAGUUCGAAGCCAGCCGCAUACGGUACAGUGACUAUAGCUGUGAUGUAGAUGAGAGAACGAUCCAAACAUGGCUGAAAAAUGCCCCUGUGUCUGGUUUCGGUGACAACAGAGUUCUCGAAACCAAGGUGGAUCCCGAAGUUAGGAGGGCAUGCGAUAUACCAGCAGAAGGUUUCGAAGUCGAAGGGGAACUUCUAGAAACCAUUGCAGAGAUAUGGUCAAGCAACUUUUUGCCCAGCAAGGUUCACGUUGAACCUUACAAAAUCCAUAUUUACGGGAAGGGUGGGCACUUUAAAUCUCACCGAGACACGCCAGAGAAGCUCUUGGUGGGGACUUUCCUUCUCGGAUUAGCUGAUACGGCGGUGUCAGUCUCGUACCGUGAUUCCGAUAUCUUGGAUUCUGGACAAGUAGGCAACUUCUGCAUCGGGAACAUCAAACGAACCGCGAAGUCUGGCCAGUGGGUGGCCUUUCACCCUGAUGUACCCCAUUCUGUUGAACCCCUUGCACGUGGAUGCCGGGCUGCUAUUGCGUUCAAGAUAUUUAGCCUAGAGGAUGUCGAUGUAUUGGAGGAGGCAUCUCGACGCUAUCCCUCGGUGAUCGAACAGACUAGAACGGUCCUGAAAAAUAUCAAGGGCCAGUACGGGAUCGUCCUACAACAUCAUUAUCCGAUGGGAACCGACGCAGACGGCUUGGUUGGUGUCGACGCAGUAAUCCUCUCCGCCGCGAAGCAAGUCCGGCCAGAUACGGUCGAAGUGAUACCGGUCGUGGUCGCGAUAUACGAAGAGAGGGUAGACCCUUACCAUGAAGAAGACGGCCUCAAAAGCGAAGUCCGUACAUAUGUAUAUCCCUUCACCCGCCAUCAUGUGGACAUAUGUCUGGGGCGCUCUGACGAGAACACGGAUUCGGAAAAAUCAGUAGCUUGGAUCAAGGAUGUGAAGGAUCUCCCCUUUUAUAGUUGGGACUUUAAGAAGAAUUCCAUGAAGUGGUCGUCUGAAGAACAGGAGAUAAACCACACCGGAAAUGAAUCUGAUGGUAUGCGAGAGUCGUCCGUGUACUUGGCGUACGCAAUUGUAGUACUAUGAAUCUAGACUCGCACCGAAGGCGUAAACAUUAAAACAAUUAUACCUCA